AUGGGGCAUCCACCUGCACCGCCAAGCUUCAGAUGCGAGAAGGCAGCACCGCUCUCCGCAAGUCCAGCAGUCUUUGCAGGAGAUGGCACGAAGGAUCGGGGCUCUCCUGUCCGUCUCAUGAGGCCGAGGGCUCAGUUUGGGGAAGCCUGGGUCAAUCUUCAUUGCUCUUCCUGGCAAAGGCAAGCGAAAGCGAAGGCAGCACCCACCCAGGCUGAGGAGGAAACGAUUCUCCCGCAGGCGGUUGCGGAAGCGUCUCCGGCUGCGGUGCCCGGCCAAGUGCCCGAGCCGCUUCCAGCUUCGCGAGGGUCGAGCCGAAAAUCCAGCCGAAAGCCGACGCCGGUGUCGUCUCCUACGGGACAGAAGCGAGCUGUGGCCUCGGCUGAACCAGAAGUCACCGACACUGCGACGCCGAAGAAGUCAGAGCCCAAGCGGACCAAUCUGUCCCCCGAGCACGUCGGCAAGAUCAAGAGGCCAACAGAUGAUCAGCAGCAGCGAUAUCAGCAGCAUCUGGCAUACCUCAAAGGCAUGGAUAGCAAUGCCUAUCGAAUGGCUGUGGAAGGGGAGUCAGGCGCCAUUGAGGCAGAGCUCGCUUCCAUGCUCCAGGGUUUGAAGGAGGAUCUGCGGGAGAAAGUGCCGCUCCUGCCUGAG